AUGUGGACCUCGCUGCGCAGCAUGACGGAGCCCGCCGGCCCCCGCGCAGCCAGCGGCCGCUUCUGGGCUCUGAUGGGGGCAGCCGCCGUCGGACUCUUCCUCUUUGGCUUCCUCGUGGGCUGGUUUGCAAAACCUGCAGAAGAGAAGACAUCUCUGAGGCCUCAUGAAAAGAUGAAGAGAGCAUUUAUGGCCGAAAUGAAAGCAGAAAACAUCAAGAAGUUUCUUUACAAUUUUACGCGCCUUCCACACCUGGCAGGAACAGAGGAGAAUUUGCACCUGGCAAAGCAAAUCCAAGCUGAGUGGAAGGAGUUUGGAUUGGAUUCUGUUCACCUGGCUCACUAUGAUGUCUUGCUUUCUUACCCGAAUGAAACUAAGCCCAAUUACAUCUCAAUAAUUGAUGAGUUUGGAAAUGAGAUUUUCAACACAUCAUUAUUUGAGCCUCCUCCUCCAGGAUAUGAGGACGUUAGAGAUGUGGUGCCACCUUACAGUGCAUUUUCAAUCCAAGGAAUGCCUGAGGGUGAAUUAGUGUAUGUGAAUUAUGGCCGCACGGAGGACUUCUUUAAGCUAGAACGUGAAAUGGGCAUCAACUGUACAGGAAAGAUUGUCAUCGCUAGAUAUGGCAAGAUCUUCAGAGGAAAUAAGGUAAAGAAUGCUGAGUUGGCAGGUGCCAAGGGAGUCAUUCUGUACUCUGACCCUGCUGACUACUGCGCCCCAGGAGUAAAUCCCUAUCCAGCAGGCUGGAACCUGCCAGGUGGAGGAGCUCAGCGUGGAAAUGUAUUAAACCUGAAUGGGGCAGGGGAUCCUCUGACACCAGGUUAUCCUGCGAAGGAAUAUACCUACCGAUUGGACAAAGCCAGUGGUGUAGGUCUCCCCAAAAUUCCAGUUCAUCCCAUUGGUUAUCAUGAUGCUGAGUCACUGCUGCGUAACAUGGGAGGUCCUGCACCACCGGACAGUAGCUGGAAAGGAAGUUURAAUGUAUCUUACAACAUUGGUCCUGGUUUUACAACAACUUAUUCUACAAGAAAGGUGAAAUUACACAUUCAUAGUAACAACAAAGUAACAAGGAUUUACAAUGUGAUCGGAACUAUCAGAGGUGCCGUGGAACCAGACAGAUAUGUCAUCCUGGGAGGCCACCGUGAUGCUUGGGUAUUUGGUGGAAUUGAUCCUCAGAGUGGGGCAGCUGUGGUUCAUGAGAUUGUGAGAAGCUUUGGAAAACUAAAAAAGGAAGGAUGGAGGCCAAGGAGAACAGUGAUAUUUGCAAGCUGGGAUGCAGAGGAAUUUGGCUUGUUAGGAUCAACAGAGUGGGCCGAGGACAAUGCCAAAGUAUUACAGGCACGAGGAGUGGCUUACAUCAAUGCAGAUUCCUCCAUUGAAGGAAACUACACACUAAGAGUAGAUUGCACACCGCUGAUGUACAGGCUGGUGUACAGUCUGACCAAAGAGAUACCAAGUCCUGAUGAGGGCUUUGAAGGUAAAUCUCUGUAUGAGAGCUGGUAUAAAAAAAAUCCAUCGAGGGAAUAUAAAGAGGUGCCCAGAAUAAAUAAACUGGGUUCUGGCAAUGACUUUGAGGUCUUUUUUCAACGGCUUGGCAUCGCUUCUGGCAGAGCCCGUUACAGUAAAAACUGGGAUGUAGAAAAAUAUAGCAGCUAUCCAGUUUACCACAGUGUCUAUGAAACCUAUGAAAUUGUGGAGGGGUUUUAUGAUCCCACUUUCAAGAAUCAUCUGACAGUGGCUCAGGUACGGGGAGGGUUGGUGUUUGAGUUGGCCAACUCUGUUGUGCUUCCCUUCGACUGCAGAGAUUAUGCAGCAGCUGUGAGCAAUUAUGCUUAUGUCAUCUACAAUUUGUCAAAGAACCAUGAAGAGGAACUAUCAAAAUACAGUGUAUCUUUUGAUGCUCUGUUUUCAGCUGUGAAGAAUUUUACAGAAGUCUCUGCUCACUUUCAUGAGAACAUGCAGCAAAUAGAUAUCAAUAACCUACUUGCUGUCAGAUCUUUAAAUGAUCGACUCAUGUUUCUAGAAAGGGCUUUCAUUGAUCCUCUUGGACUACCUGACAGGCCAUUCUACAGACAUGUCAUCUUUGCUCCAAGCAGCCACAACAAGUAUGCAGGAGAGUCAUUCCCUGGAAUCUAUGAUGCCUUGUUUGACAUUAAAAGCAAAGCUGAUCAACAUAAAGCCUGGGAAGAAGUAAAGAGGCAGAUUUCUAUUGCAGCCUUCACAGUGCAGGCAGCAGCAGACACACUGAAAGAAGUAGCAUAAGUUUCAGCAGUAUCAGCAUCAGCAAAAGACUAAGUAGACAGUUUGCAGAAGCCUCAAAACCAGACCGUAAUAAACAAUAGGAGGAUUAUUGCAAGAACAUAAAACUCACACAGUUGCAUUCUUUGCAAAUAGUAUACCCAAUUGGAGUGCAUUUAACAAGGUGUUAACAAGGYAAUAUCUUCCAUUAGAUAUCCUCAAAUUUUACAUGACUUCUGAAGUGA